CCCAAAUAAUUUUAUAUAUAUUUUUAAUUUCUGGAGGGUUUUUAGGGAUGGGAAACCCUGAAUUUUUCACAUGAAACCUGGAUCGAACUUGGUUAUAAAAAUCAUCCCUUUAUAAAUAUUUUGCAAAAAUUUCUGGUUUAUUUUACUUUAUAUUCCAAAACCCGGGAAAAAUUCAUGGGGAACAUUGGAAGUACCGGAGUUAAUGGCCGGAGAAGGCAUGGAAGCCGGCGGAACCCCCCUCCUCCGCCUCCUCCAGCUCAGCCGCAGCCUGAAGUUGCCGCCAACCGUUAUGUCUUUGCCGCCGCGACUCCUUAUCCGCCCCAAUACCCGAACACCAACCCGCCCCAGUACUACCAGUACCCAGGGUAUUACCCUCACCAGCCGCCUGUGCCGUUGCCAAUUCCGGCGCCCUACGAUCAUCAUCAUCGGCACCACGGGGGCGGGCCUCACAUGGACCCCGCCAAUUGGGGCCGAUAUGCUUAUGGGCCGGUGACGCCACCGCCGCCGGUGCCGUAUAUAGAGCAUCAGAAGGCGGUUACGAUAAAGAACGACGUCAAUUUGAAGAAAGAGACUUUGAAAUUCGAAGCUGAUGAGUUGAAUCCUGGGAAGUUCUUGGUUUCUUUCACGUUUGAUGCUACUGUUGCUGGAAGGAUGACUGUUAUUUUCUUUGCAAAAGAAGGUGAAGACUGCAAUCUGACAGCAAUGAAGGAAAGUAUUCUACCCCCAGUAAUUGUACCUUUCGAACAAGGUCUAGGACAGAAGUUUAGACUGCCUUCUGGAACAGGGAUCGAUUUCUCUAUGUUUGAGGAAUCGGAAUUAUUGAAAGUAGAUGAAGUGGACAUCUAUCAUCUCGCCGUAAAGGCAGAGGCAUUGCCUCUCAACCAGAAUGUGUCAGAUGGAAACCAAGAGUUAGGAGCCAUGAACUCUCAGACAACACAGGCAGUGUUCAAGAAGGAGAAGGGUGAGUACCAGACGAGAGUAGUGAAACAGAUCCUGUGGGUGAAUGGGAUGAGGUAUGAACUACAAGAAAUAUAUGGGAUCGGAAAUUCAGUUGACAACGAUGUUGAUGCAAAUGACAGUGGAAAAGAAUGCGUUAUUUGCCUUUCAGAGCCUCGGGACACGACCGUCCUUCCCUGCAGACACAUGUGCAUGUGCAGCUCAUGUGCAAAGGCAUUGAGAUGCCAGACGAAUCGAUGCCCGAUCUGUAGGCAACCAGUUGAGAGGCUUCUGGAGAUUAGGGUCAACAAUGGCCCCGAUGAAUGAGACGAGAACAUGUUUCUUAACUAUCUUCCUGUAUAGUAUUUUGUUGUUAUCUUUAUGUCCAACCUUUCUAAUAAUCAAAACAGGAACUUAUAAUCACUUGCAUUAUAUGUUAUGAACGAAAUGCUGGAAUUUCACACAAAUAUAUUCAGUCAAAUAGAUACCAUCUAGUUUUAUGGGACUUCAAAAAUA